GAGAUGGCAGACCACCUGAUGGCCAUGAACCACGGGCGCUUCCCCGAUGGAACCGGUGGGCUUCACCACCACCCUGCGCAUCGAAUGGGCCUGGGUCAGUUCCCCACCCCCCACCAUCACCAGCAGCAGCAGCAGCAGCAGCACGCCUUCAGCGCUUUGAUGAGUGACCAUCUACACUACGGAGGCGGGAAUAUGAACGCAAGCAGUGGGAUCAGGCAGCACGCCAUGGGGCCGGGCAACGUGAACGGGGGUCACCCUCCGAGCGGCGUGCCGCCCACGGCCAGGUUUGCCGGUUCCCAGUUCCUGGCCCCUGCGGUGGCGUCGCAAGGGGGGCCCUUGACGGCCAGCCUGCAGUUGCAGAAGCUCAACAACCAGUACUUCAGCCACCACCCGUACCCUCACAACCACUACAUGCCAGACUUGCACCCCGCCAACCACCAGCUCAACGGGGCCGCCCAGCAUUUCAGAGACUGCAACCCAAAGCACGGCAGCGGCAGCGGCGCGCCGGCCUCGGCGCCCCACGUCCCUGCAGCCGUGCUGCCUCCCAAUGUCAUAGACACUGACUUCAUCGACGAGGAGGUGCUCAUGUCCUUAGUCGUAGAAAUGGGCUUGGACCGCAUCAAGGAGCUUCCGGAGCUGUGGUUGGGACAGAACGAGUUUGACUUCAUGACAGACUUCGUUUGCAAGCAGCAGUCCGGCAGAGUGAGCUGCUGACUUCUUGUGAAACAAAGGACUUUUUUUCAAUGGUGUGAAUGAAAACAUUCCCUCCAGGCCCGGUAUUGCAAAGGCUUUCAGGAGCCUGAGUAUCUGGGAAACAGAGUAAACUAUAAGCUUGUACAAAUAUGAUUUCUCCCUUUGUU